CUUAAAAUUCUUCCGAUUUUGUCGCAAAACCUAAAAAUAGCCAAAGAAACGAAUCAGGAGGAAGUGAGAAAAAAUGCCGUCGCAGAUUCUCCAACAAAUCUCACAUCUUCCACCUAAAUCUUCACCAUCCACGGAAAUGAUGUUCAAGUCUUUGAUUUACGAUGAUCCUUCUACGACCCUUCUUUCUUCUUCUUCUCGAUUUGGUGAUGACCAUCACACCAUUUCUUCUACCGUUAAGCCUCUCCUCUCCCGCUCUUCCAGCUACAACGGCGGCGUCACGGCGAAGAAGACGUCUUCUGGUGGUGGAUUAACUGGUUGGUAUCAGAAUAGACGGCGACGAUCUAACAGCGAUAACUGUCUCUCUGCGUUUCCCGAUGAUACUAAUGGAACCGACGGUGGUCAAACUACUAUUGGUCAGGAGGUUGGCCACGCUGCUGCGGAGACGUUUUUGUUGACUCGUCUUUGUUUGAAGCUCCUUAGCUAUCUUGGGGUAGGUUAUAGAUGGAUUACAAGAUUUAUGGCACUUGGAUGUUAUGCAUUUCUUCUAAUGCCAGGCUUUAUUCAAGUCGGAUAUUACUAUUUCUUCUCUCCUUACGUUCGCAGAAGUAUAGUUUAUGGAGAUCAACCAAGAAACAGGCUUGACUUGUAUCUACCUAAAAACUCUACCGGACCAAAACCAGUUGUGGCGUUUGUGACUGGUGGAGCCUGGAUUAUUGGUUAUAAGGCGUGGGGUUCUCUCUUAGGACAGCAGUUAUCAGAAAGAGAUAUUAUUGUGGCAUGCAUUGAUUACAGGAAUUUUCCGCAGGGAUCUAUUAGUGACAUGGUCAAGGAUGCUUCUUCUGGCAUCUCAUUUGUUUGCAAUCAUAUUGCUGAGUAUGGAGGUGAUCCAGACAGAAUUUAUCUGAUGGGUCAGUCUGCUGGUGCACAUAUUGCAGCUUGCACCAUUGUAGAGCAGGUCAUUAAAGAGUCAGGGGAGGGGGACAGUGUCUCUUGGAGUAGUUCACAAAUAAAUGCUUAUUUUGGUCUAUCUGGAGGAUACAACCUUUUAAGCCUUGUGGACCACUUCCAUAGCAGGGGGCUAUACCGUUCCAUCUUUCUGAGCAUCAUGGAAGGAGAGGAAUCAUUAAGGCAGUUUUCUCCUGAAUUAGUAGUGCAAAACCCGAAUCUCAAACACAUCAUUGAUCGUCUCCCACCUUUUAUUUUAUUCCAUGGUACUGAUGACUACUCCAUCCCUUCAGAUGCAAGUAAAUCUUUUGCGGAAACCCUCCAGAGGCUUGGGGCCAAAGCAAAAGUGAUCCUUUACGAGGGGAAAACACACACGGAUUUGUUUCUUCAGGAUCCAAUGAGAGGUGGAAAAGAUGAGAUGUUUGAAGAUAUAGUAUCAGUGGUUCUGGGAGACAAUCAAGAACUGAUUGGUAAAAGUGUAGACAGAAGGCGUCUUGUACCUGAAUUUAUGUUGAAGUUGGCUCACUGGGUCAGUCCGUUCUAACUCCUACACUCUUAUCUCCCAGAAGAUCAGAGGAAGUACAUUCUUUCUUCCAGUGAUACAGACGGGUCAGUGUGCAUAUUACUUAACAAGGAAACAGAUCCCACUAUACUUUGACGAUACAGAUGAUUUUGAACUUUGAUGAUGAUGAUGAUGAUAUUGUAUCCGGUUUGCAAUAUACUCUGAUUAUUUCG